AUGGAGCUGAAUGCUAAUGGAUCCGAAUGGCAUGGAGAGCAGAGGAUGGAGCUGACUGCUAAUGGAUCUGAAUGGCAUGGAGAGCAGAGGAUGGAGCUGACUGCUAAUGGAUCCGAAUGGCAUGGAGAGCAGAGGAUGGAGCUGACUGCUAACGGAUCCGAAUGGCAUGGAGAGCAGAGGAUGGAGCUGACUGCUAACGGAUCCGAAUGGCAUGGAGAGCAGUGA